AAUUUACUUUGUCUUCCUCCUUAAAACAUUACUAGCAAGCUCUUGCUGGAAUCAGUCACAUCUCCUUUGGUGAGGAAGAGAGUGUUUCUCAAAGAAAGCCAACUACUCUGCCUGAGGUUGCGAAACAACGCGAAUUGAGUGGGACGCUGGAAAGUGAGUCAGACGGGAUGUUGAAAAAGCAGAACUCCCAUGCUAAAACCAAAGAGCUUAGUGGGCAUGACAUAUUUGCACCUCCACCUGAAAUCUUGCCCAGGACAUUGGAUUCACGUUCACUCGCAAUGCAUCAAGACAUGGGAGAAUCUGCACAACAUAAUUUACGCACGUCUGUCAAAGUUUCUAACCUCGUUGGAGGCCAGAGUAAUAUAAUGUCCACUGAAGAACCUGUGCUGAAGACGGCGAAGAAGAUCUACGACAAGAAAUUCUCUGAACUUUCAGGAAACAACAUCUUCGAGGGUGACGUGCCUCCAUCAUCUGCCGAGAAACCACUAAGUGUGGCAAAACUGCGCGAGAUAAGUGGCAACGGCAUUUUUGCUGAUGGUAAGGUAGAAUCUCGGGACUACCUGGGCGGCGUGCGCAAACCGCCUGGCGGUGAGAGCAGCAUCACAUUGGUUUGAUAAGAUACAUCGCAGACCAACUAUUUCACGUGAUAGCCUUGUGUCUGGAUUUUCGUUUCGUUCUCACUGUGAACAUGUUCUGGUAUUAUGCUCCUUUCGUUGAGUUCAUCGAGGAAUGCGGCAAACCUUGUUCGAGUAUUUAACAUGAUUGGCUAGAGAUGUGAGCAAUGUGCUAAUUGGUGUUAUGUGUUCAUACUUGCGUCUGGUUUAGCGAUUGUCCUAAUUUUCUGCAAGUUCAUCAACCGCAAUGGAUGGUUGUGUUUUUCCGUUCCA